GUGUUCUGUUUGGUUGAGUAGAGACUAGUGGCAACAUGUCUCUUUGGUGGCUCCACACAUCUGAGCAGGUGAGAUAGGAUUCUCUGUCUUUCUCCACCAGGCCAGGGUGAUGCAAAUGCUGCUUCUGCGUAGCACUGUAGUGCCUCGGACAGUUCCCUCCUUCUAAAGUGGGAAUUGCCCUGCUUCUUCCAUUCUUCUGCCCUUUUCCCUGACUUGGAAGAAUUUGGGAACGAGGCAGUUUUCUUCACACCAACGUCCAUCGUUAUACGCACGCGCGUUUUCAAUAAGCGCAUGCGCGAUUGGCGAAGACGAUCAGCAAGUCAACUUGGGCUCAGUCGGUCACGGUCGUGAUGCCUCUCCGCAGGCUCUUUAGCUGUUGCUGCUCCUGUAUGGGAGAGGAGGAGGACGAGGCGGGCUACAGGAACGAGUCGGACUAUCUGCUGCCGGGGGGAGAGUGGGACCCUAGCCUGUCGUCCAGCGUCGUCAAACGCCGCUCUCGGCGUUCGCGCGGCCGGGACAGCGGUGGAGCCAGCGGCAGUGGGUCGUUUGCCGACAACGGAGCGGGUGGUGAAGAUAGCGAGUCUCUCUACACUCCUCCGGAAGUUCCAGGAGCCACUUCGGUACCAAAGUUCCAGGACUUCAAGCUGCUGAAGACGGUGGGGAAGGGCGCUUUUGGAAAGUGUCCUCUACGCCAUGAAGGUGUCCCCAAGACCAAGAUACGGACCCAAAAACAAACAAAUCAGAUUCUCUCUGAGCUGAACAUUCUCAAGAGAAUACAGCACCCAUUCUGUGUUGCUUUGAAGUCAACAUUUCAAGACAAGAACUUUCUCUUCUACAUCUUCUGUUUUGCAGCCGGAGGCAUGCUGUUCUACCAUCUCAGGCAGGAGGGUAAGUUCACGGAGCCGAGGGCUAGGUUCUACCUGGGAGAGAUUGUGCUGGCUCUCAACUAUCUCCACGGAUUCAGCAUCAUCUUCAGAGAUCUAAAGCCCGAGAACUGUAUGCUGUCGGAGCAGGGGCACGUUAUUCUGACUGACUUUGGUAGUGCCAAGAGUCUUGAAAUGAGAGAGAGGGCCAACACUCUGGCUGGCACACCGCAGUACAUGGCCCCCGAGACUCCCUUCAACUCGGCCGACAGAGGAGACCUGUACAAGAUGGUGCUGAGGGGAGACUACAGAGUCCCCAACUUCGUCUCACCCAGAGCUCGCUCCCUUAUCUACAAGAUGAUCAACAGAGACCCAGAGUUCAGACUGGGCUGCAGCAGUGCUGCCAACCGCGACCAGGCCGUGAGCGAGAUCAAGGACCACGCCUUCUUCUCCAACACUCCCAUGGACCCUGACGAAGAGAUGUUCUAUUCGACGGAGGAGGCAGAGCGAGAGCGUCACCGACAGGCCCUGGCCAGAGCGAGACGGAGUCGAGAGAGAGAUCUCUACGGCAGUGGGUCCAUCGUUGGAGCGGCAAGCUCUGUGCUCAGGAGCCUCUCAAUAAGACGUAUAAGUGGUUCAGGGACGUGCCAAGGAGCUGCUUGUGAGUGGAACUGGGAGGACCUGGAGAACAUGAAAGUCACUCCACCUUUCAAGCCACUGCUUUUUCACAUCGACGGAUUCGACUAUACCACUGGCAACGGACAGUCUGCUAGUGGUGGUGGUGGUGGUAUGAAUGGUACCCCGGGGGGCGAGAGUGAGGGACCAAACGGCGUGGCCAGGGGUGGGGGUAAGGAGGACAGUGGUACCACUACUAAACCACAGAGAGAUGAUGACACGUGA